CAGCCAGGGACCCGCGAGUCCUGGGGCAGCCGCGGCUUUGGGCAGAACCAUUCUCCGGAGAUGGAGAGGGGAGAAGAAAUCUUUCGCUCCCAUCCCAACUCGGAGCCAUCCGGAACCUGCACUCGCCCUUCUUGCCGUCCUUUUCUUACUGUGCUCUGUGCCGUCACCAGUAGCUCCCCUCCCGCGCGGCUCUGAGUCCCGCUUGCCACUAGUUGCUUCUCGGCAGCUCCCACCCCUACGCGUGGUCCGGCCCGGCGGUUGGCGCAGGUUAUAAAGGUACCGCCGCAGCAGCGGACAGUGGACUCGAGAUGCGCCCGAAGGGGUCAGGGCAGGGCUGCGCGGGGAGCCGGCCGGGACCCGGGCUCGGACCCGGGGACCCAGCAGCACUCACUUGUGCACCUUCACCCUCAGCCAGUCCCGCUCCGGAGCCCUCUGCGCAGCCGCAGGCACGGGGCACUGGACAGAGAGCAGGAUCCCGAGCCGCCUCUGGAUCCCAGUUCCUCUCGGAAGCCCGCACCGGAGCCCGCCCGGCCUCCAAGGCUGGAGCCAAGGCAGGAGCCCGGCGCCCGUCCGCAUUCUCGGCCAUCCAAAGGGAUGUCCGGUCUAUGCCCGACAAUUCGGACGCUCGGUGGACCCUCUUCGUAUUCCAAGGGCCGUUUGGUUCCCCGGCCACUGGCCUGGGGACUGGAAAGGCAGCCGGCAUCUGGAAGACGCCAGCCGCCUACAUAGGCCGGCGACCCGGGGUGUCCGGCCCUGAGCGCGCCGCCUUUAUUCGGGAGCUGGAGGAAGCACUGUGUCCUAACUUACCUCCGCCAGUCAAAAAGAUCACCCAGGAAGACGUCAAAGUGAUGUUAUAUUUGCUGGAGGAGCUUCUCCCACUUGUCUGGGAGAGCAUUACCUAUGGGUGAGUUCUUCUGCAGAGAGAGAGGGACCUGAACACUGCAGCUCGCAUCGGCCAGUCGCUGGUGAAACAGAACAGUGUUUUGAUGGAGGAGAACAGCAAGCUGGAAGCCCUGCUGGGCUCAGCCAAGGAGGAGAUUUUACACCUCAGACACCAGGUGAACUUGCGGGAUGACCUCCUCCAGCUCUACUCAGAUUCUGAUGAGGAGGAUGAGGAUGAAGAAGAGGAGGAGGAAGAAGAGGAGGCAGAAGAGGAACAGGAAGAAGAGGAAGCAGAGGAAGACCAGCAGCAUGCUCAUCCCUGUGUUGCCCCUAAGCUGAUUUCGCAGGAGGCAUUGCUGCACCAGCACCACUGCCCACAGCUGGAAGCCUUGCAGGAGAAGCUGAGGCUGCUGGAGGAGGAGAAUCAUCAGCUGAGAGAAGAGGCCUCUCAAUUCGACACCCUUGAGGAUGAGGAACAGAUGCUCAUUCUGGAGUGUGUGGAGCAGUUUUUGGAGGCCAGCCAGCAGAUGGCUGAGCUGUCAGAGGUGCUGGUGCUCAGGCUGGAAAACUAUGAAUGGCAGCAGCAGGAGGUCGCUCGGCUGCAGGCCCAGGUGCUGAAGCUGCAGCAGCGCUGCCGGACGAUGAGUCGGCUGCAGGACCUGCGGGAGAAGUACAUGGAUUGUGGGGGCAUGCUGAUUGAGACGCAGGAGGAGGUGAAGACCCUCCGCCAGCAACCCCCAGUGUCCACUGGGUCUGCCACCCAUUACCCGUACAGCGUGCCUUUGGAGACUCUUCCUGGUUUCCAGGAGACGCUGGCUGAGGAGCUCAGAACGUCUCUAAGGAGGAUGAUCUCUGACCCUGUGUAUUUUAUGGAAAGGAAUUAUGAGAUGCCCAGAGGGGACACGUCCAGCCUAAGGUAUGAUUUUCGCUACAGUGAGGAUCGAGAGCAGGUGCAAGGGUUUGAGGCUGAGGAAGGGUUGAUGCUGGCAGCGGAUAUUAUGCGGGGGGAAGAUUUCACGCCUGCGGAGGAGUUGGUGCCCGAAGGUGAGCUGGGGGCUGCCGAGAAGGUGCCGGCUGAGGAAGGGGUGAUGGAAGAGGCAGAGCUGGUGUCGGAGGAGAUUGAGGGUUGGGAGGAAGUGGAACUGGAGCUGGAUGAGGCAACGUGGAUGAAUGUGGUGACGUCAGCCCUGGAGGCCAGCAGCUUGGGCCCUUCACAUCUGGACAUGAAGUAUGUCUUCCAGCAGCUGGCCAACUGGCAGGAUGCCCAUUACAGGUGGCAGCUGAGGUGGAAGAUGCUCCAGAAAGGCUUUGCUGUUCCCCAGCAGCCUGCAGAGGCCCCACAGACAGCUUGAGGCCCCUCCUUCUGCUGCCUGGCCAAGCCCCACACCCACAGACCCUCCUUCCCAUCCUCUGAAAUGGGACCCUGUAUCUGUCACCAGCCCACCCUCUGUGUUCAUGGACCUGGGCUGGAGCUUGGGGACCCGCGCCUCCACCCUCUUCAGGGACAGGCGGUAGGAACCCUGGCCCUCGCUCUGCAGUUGGUGCAAAAGCUGUGGCUGCCAGGCCUGGGUCACAAGGCAGCCCAAGGAGCGGGAGAAGCCCGGGAGAGGCCCACUGGCUACCAGACCCAGCUCUGAGUGGGGAACAGGGCCCAGCUUCCACUGGUAGGUUGUGAGCGCCCUCCCAACAAUGUGCCUCUCACCCCUUGACGCCCAUGCUAGCAGUGGCCACUCCGGUUCUUGUUGACUUGAGGGACCUGGCCGUCUUCCCUGUUCUUCAUCCUUUCUUCUCAGUCCCUACUUACUGUUUGUAACCACAAGUGUCUCUGUGUGUGGGUGGGUGAGGGCCCCUCUGUCCAGUGGUGUGUCUCCUCUCCCUCCCUCCCUCCCUCCCUCUUCUGCCAGUGGCCUGGGGGUGUCCAGGCUCCCACCCAUGGCCCAGCCCCUCUCCCCUCCCUCUUGACCCCCCUUCCUGCCCCUGGCUUCCUCUUCCAUGUUCCGCCCUCUCCCACACCUUUGUUCCUCAAUAGCUGGGGGCUGGGACUCAGGCCUCCCGCGGGUGCCUGCCCCCCUCCACACAGCACCUCUCAAUCUCCUAUUGCUUGUCAGCCUAUGUGCGUGUGGUCCAGGAAAUAAAGGAUCUAUGCGCUCCUGGCCCAGCCUCCAGCUGUCUCUCCUAGGGAGUGUGUGUGUGCAGGCAUGUGCAUGUGCACUUGGCAGGGCGAAGUUGUGGAGAAAGGGUGAAUGCUAAUAUUGAAGGAUAUGCCAAGGACUCGUAUUAAAUACACUGUUUAAUCACAGCAGCAGCUCCUGGAGGGCGGUGGGUGAUGUGAUAAGUGUCUGUCAGAUGGAGAAACUCGGGCCAGAGUAGGUUAAGUGAUGCUCUCACCAGCAGAUCAUGGCUGGUGUGGAGCUAGGAUUUGAGCUCAUGCUUCCCUGAUCCUUUCACCCCAGAGACUGACUCAGUGGCCUGGCUGUGAAAGAUAGGAUGGAAGAGAGUCACCCACUGUCUUAGGGUGAAGUCCCCAGAGCAGACCUGGAACAGGGUUUAGGAACAAGUAUAGUCGCCCUCUGUAUCCUCGGGCUUUGCAUCCGUGGACUUAACCAACCACAGAUAGAAAAUAUUUGGGGGAGGCUGGGUGCAGUGGCUCAUGCCUGUAAUCCUAGCACUUUGGGAGGCCGAGGUUGGUGGAUCACUUGAGGUCAGGAGUUUGAUACCAGCCUGGCCAACAUGGUGAAACCCCGUUUCUACUAAAAAUACAAAAAUUAGCUGGGCGUGGUGGUGGGCGCCUAUAAUCCCAGCUACUUGGGAGGCUGAGGCAGGAGGAUCACUUGAACCCAGAAGGCAGAGGUUGCAGUGAGCGGAGAUCAUGCCACUGCACUCCAGUCUGGGUAACAACAGAGUGAGACUCCAUCUGAAAACACGAGAAAAUAUCUGGGGGAGGCCAGGCGUGGUGGCUCAUGCCUGUAAUCCCAGCACUUUGGGAGGCUGAAGUGGGCGGAUCACUUGAGGUCAGGAGUUCGAGACCAGCCUGGUCAACAUGGUGAAACCCUGUCUCUACUAAAAAUACAAAAAAAAUUGGCCGGGCAUGGCGGCGGGCCCCUGUAAUCCCAGCUACUUGGGAGGCUGAGGUGAGAGGAUCACUUGAGCUUGGAAGGCAGAGGUUGCAGUGAGCUGAGGUUGCACCACUGUGCUCCAACCUGGGUGACAGAGUAAGACCUGUCUCAAAAAAAGAGAAAAGAAAAUGACAGACAAACCAGACAUGCGGGAAAUUGCCAGCUUUGAUAAAGCUUUGAAGGAAACGAAGAUGCAGGAGAACACCUUGUGGACCAGAGACCGCUGAGCAGGAGAAGCAGUGAAAUUUCCUAAAAUCUGGAGGAUUCCCUGCCCCUGUUAUCUUCAAGCCCCCAGUGGUGAUGUGGAAGAAAAGCAACCUGCAAGGUGGAUGCAAGCCACAAGCUGCUCUGUGAACCUGGGCACCUUGCACUGAUGCCACUGGCCUGUGGGUCUCUGAGGGGACCCGCAAAUGGGACUGCCAAAUUCUCUGGUUUUCUCUAGGUUAUUAUAGAAAAUUAUUUAUAUGAAUAGUAAAAAUAAAACACACUUUGUGGCCCCCCUGCCAAAAGAAUAUCAUUGAGAAGGCUAUUGCUGUGGCUAACCAGGUCUCAGUCCUGCUGGGAACUCGGGGGGACAGUAGAAUAGAUCUCAGAGUAGCCUGGGCGAGGUGGCUCACACCUGUAAUCCCAGCACAUUGGGAGGGUGAGGCAGGUGGAUCACCUGAGGUCAGGAGUUCGAGACCAGCCUGACCAAUGGACGAAACCCCCAUCUCUACUAAAGGUACAAAAUUAGCCGGGCGUGGUGGCACACAUGCCUGUAAUCUCAGCUACUCGGGAGGCUGAGGCAGGAGAAUAGCUUGAACCCAGGAGGUGGAGGUUGCGGUGAGCCAAGAUUGCACCAUUGCACCCCAGCCUGGGCAAUAAGAGUGAAACUCUGUCUCAAGGAAAAAAAAGAAUAUAUCUCAGAGUUAUCCCACCCCUUGGCGGGGGGAGCUGGGGUAUUUAUCCUCUAACUGUCAUCUGACACUGAGAGAUGCUUCUGGAGGCAUUUAACUGCCCUGCACUUGGCCCUGAGGGAAACUAGAAUGUGUUACCUCCAAAUACGCCACUUUGGCGUAGGGACUGUUUUGAGCUGAAGGCAAUUGAGAAGAAGCAGAUACAAGAAAAGCUCCCUGCCCUCUUAUUUGCAUAAAAGCAGGACAUACAUUUUCAACUGUGUCCAUCUACCAGGAAGGAUGAAAGUUAAAUCUCUGGGCUGGGCACGGUGGCUCAUGCCUGUAAUCCUAACACUUUGGGAGGCCAAGGUGGGCAGAUCACCUGAGGUCGGGAGUUCGAGACCAGCCUGAGCAACAUGGAGAAACCCUGUCUCUGCUAAAAAUACAAAAUUAGCCGGAUGUGGUGGCACAUGCCUGUAAUCCCAGCUACUUGGGAGGCUGAGGCAAAAGAAUCACUUGAACCUGGGAGAUGGAGGUUGCAGUGAGCCGAGAUUGCCCCAUUGCACUCCAGCCUGGGCAACAAGAGCGAAACUCUGUGUCAAAAAAAAAAAAAAAAAGCUGGGCGCCGUGGCUCACGCCUGUAAUCCCAGCACUUUGGGAGGCCGAGGCGGGUGGAUCACGAGGUCAGGAGAUCGAGACCAUCCUGGCUAACACGGUGAAACCCUGCCUUUACUAAAAAUACAAAAAAUUAGCCGGGCUUGGUGGUGGGCGCCUGUAAUCCCAGCUAUUUGGGAUGCUGAGGCAGGAGAAUAGCGUGAACCCGGGAGGCAGAGCUUGUAGUGAGCCAAGAUCGUGCCACUGCACUCCAGCCUGGGCAACAGAUUGAGACUCCAUCUCAAAAAAAAAAAAAAAAAGUUAAAUAUCUGGAGACAACUUUAUUUUUUAUUAUUUUUUUGGUUUCCAUAAUUUGGACUUAUUUUAUUGAUACUCAGUGAAUAAAAUGUUGAUUUUUGAUGCAUUACAAUACACUUUUUGGUAGUGGUUGCACAAUGUUGAUCGUUUAUUUAUUUACUAAAUACUGCAAUCUCCAAAUUGCCUUUUUUUUUUUUUUUGAGACAGAGUCUCGCCCUGUCUCCCAGGCUGGAGUGCAAUGGCGUGAUCUCAGCUCACUGCAACCUCUGCCUCCCGGGCUCAAUCAAUUCUCCUGUCUCAGCCUCCUGAGUAGUUGGGAUUACAGGUGCACAACACCAUGCCCAGUUAAUUUUUGUAUUUUUAGUAGAGACAGGGUUUCACCAUAUUGGUCAGGCUGGUCUCGAACUCCGACCUCAGGUGAUCCGCCUGCCUCGGCUUCCCAAAGUGCUGGGAUUACAGACGUGAGCCACCGCGCCUGGCCAAAUUGCCAAUUUUUACGUGGUAUUUCUGGCAAUGAUGGUGGCUUCUCUCUUUGAAUACAUAAAAUGGUCCAUUCAAUCCAUGGUUUUCAUAUUCCUUUGUUAUUCUAUCUACUGCUUUAAAAUACAUUCAGCCUGGGUGCGGCGGCUCACACCCAGAAUCCCAGCACUUUGGGAGGCCGAGGCGGGUGGAUCACGGGGUCAGGAGUUUAAGACCAGCUUGGCCAACAUGCUGAAAUCCCAUCUCUACUAAAAAUUACAAAAGUUAGCCUGGCGUGGUAGUGCCCACCUAUAAUCCCAGCUACUUGGGAGGCCAAGGCAGGAGAAUCGCUUGAACCUGGGAGGUGGAGGUUGCAGUGAGCUGAGAUGGCACUACUGCACUCCAGCCUGGGUGACAGAGCAAAACUCUGUCUCAAAAAAAUAAAAUACAUUCAAAUAAAAAAAUAUAAGUUACUUGCAACAAGUGCACACUUACAACAGCGAGGAGAGCUGAGAACAUAAUUAACCAAUACUCUUGUGUUCACAGAAUAAAUAGUCUGAAACCGUGGGACUGAAGCUUGCUCCUCAUAGACUUUCUCAAAGUAUCCUUGGUGGACGUUAAGGUUACCCUCACUCAACGGAAGGACACAUCUUCUGCUGUGGUGGGAGGACACAGAAUGACAAUUUCAUUUACAUAGGAUGUUUUCCUUCCAUAAUGUCUGGAACAAGUCGGAGACAGCUUUAGACCCCUUUCAGCCUGGAGUGGCACCAGUGCAAUCUACAUAACAAACUUGACUCACUAGCCUUUAUUUACCAUUCGUUUUCCAUAUAGCUGCUUUCCCAUGCACGGUUAGCCACCCUUGGAAGUCCAACCUAGGCUGGAGCUUGGGGGCCUGGACCUCAGCCCUCUUCUGGGACAGGCGGUAGGAACCCCAGCCCUUGUUCUGCAGCUGGCACAAGAGCUGUGACUGCUGGAUGUGGGUCACAUGGCAGCCCAGGGGGCAGGAGAAGCUGGGGGAGGCCCACUGGCUACCAGACCCAGCCCUGAGAGGGGACAGGGCUCAGCUCCCAUGGGCAGAAAGCUGUUUCCCACACACAGUUAGCCACCCUUGGAAGUCUUAAAACUGCUGUCCUUUAUCUUGCCUACAAAUGUAUUGUUCUUUGUUGAAGAUGCUCUGUGAGCCUGAAUUCUCCCAUCUGAGUACUAACCAGGCCCCACCGUGCUUAGUUUCCAAGAUCAGGGCGCGUUCAGGGUGGUAUGGCCGUAGACAGUGUGAGCCUGAAUUCUAAGCUACCUCUCUGAGUUACUCAUCUCUGGGUACACUGUGUGUUAAAUGUGUGAUACACAUGUUAAUAAACUUGUUUGCUUUU